AUGGAGUCUGAAGCCUAUUUCAGGCAGCCCUUUUUACAGCAAACUGACUCAUAUUUUACAGAAGAAACCUUUAAUGAACUAUAGCUUUUUCCCUUGAAUAGCCCGAUAGCGGGACGAAGCCAGCCCGUUAUCGGGGCUAUUCAAUGGAAAGUGCUAUAGAUCCUAAAAUUCCACCAUGAAAAGAUGCCAAUUUCAGUGAGAGAUUACUUCUAAUAUAUUUAUAUUUUUCAAUAUAUUUGCCAGUAUUUUUACUGCUUUCUCUUCUGAUCGGAGGAUAUAUUAUUUAUAUUCUAUUUUAUACUGUUCCAUUGGUAUUAGACACAGAUGAUAGGCCUGAACUAUAUUAUUGGCAUAGUGAUUCUGAGAAGAGAAACGCAAAAAUAAGGGGAUGGUUAUUUUUUUCCUUAAUAACCUUUUUCCUUAUAUUAUGCUUAAUUAGCCAUUUUAUGGCUACAGUUACUGACUGUGGAUCAAUCCCACCGGGCAAAGAGUGGGAUAUCCCUAGCGGUGAAAGUUCAGAUUCCAGUUCAAAAAACCCAGAUCUUGUUGAAAAGCGUAGAGAUGGUUCUUAUAGGACCUGCACAAGAUGCCAAAAACGCAAGCCAGAUAGAACUCAUCAUUGCAAGCAGUGUGAAAGAUGCAAUUUAAAAAUGGAUCAUCAUUGCAACUGAAUCGCCAACUGUGUAGGCUACUAUAACUAUAAGUAUUUCUUUUUGACUGUGCUGCACGGAUCUAUUUUGUCUUUGAUUUUUAUAAGCACUUUUUGGGAAACACUGAUAAUAGUUCUAAUGGACUCACAAUCAUCGAUACCUUACUGCUUGUUUAUUGAACUGACUUAUUCAUUGGUGCUGAUGAUUUCAGUUUGUGUUGUAAGUUUUUGCUGCUUUCAUGUAUGGCUUAUUGCUAAUAACUAUACAACGAUUGAGUACUGUGAAAAGAAAAGGGGUGGAAUACCGGAAUAUUCAGUUUCACCAUUUAAUGGUGGAGUUUAUCAUAACUUUCAAGAAGCAUUAGGCAAGAAUCCUGCCUUUUGAUUAUUUCCAAUAAAAUAUAGGAGUAAUGAAGAGAAAGGGUUACAUUUUGUAAGAAAAAAUGAGCAGGCUUAA